AUGCCUGCCGCCGCUAAGAGAAAGACUCCCCCCGUCAAGAUCUCGCCCGUCAAGGUCGACGACUGCUCCCAGUCGCCGUCGGGCAGUGAGGGUACCUCGACGGGAAGUGUGGACAAGACCCCGGCCAAGUUGCACAAGCGAUCGCGCUCUGGCUGCUUUACGUGUCGCCUGCGCCGAAAGAAGUGCGAUGAGAAGCACCCCUCCUGCGGAGCCUGCGUCAAUCUGAGCGUCAAAUGCGAAUAUAAACGCCCGAUCUGGUGGGGCAACGCCGAUCAGAGGAGGAUCCAGAAGGAACGCAUCAAGAACAAGAUCAAACAGACCAAGAUGAAUGAGCGCAACGGGGCCCUGACUGUGGGCUGCGCAUCAGAUCCCAACGCUCGUCCUCGCCCCAUGGCCGUGACCUCCCCAACCUCGCCGGAAUACGAGUUCGGUCGUCCUGUCUUCCCCGAACAGUACGACAUCUUCGCCUCGCAUCUCCCUACUCCGGCCUUGAACCAGCCCUUCUAUGCCCCGACACACCCGUACGAGAUCGAUGUGAGGACCGAGCGACACACCUUCGUCAACGAUGUCCCCUUGCGCCAUGACUCGUGCAGCUCGACCUUCAGCACCUUUGCGCCGCCGCAGUUGAAUGCCCCGCUGCCGACCUUCCCCAGCGACGAUUGGUUUCACGAUGAGUACUUUGCCAGUGUUCCGGCCUUACCUGGAAUCGACCCUGCGCUCUGCGAGCAGAGUAUCGGCCAGACCUACGCGUUGCUCCAGUCCAACAUUCCAGUCAGCGACCAUGAUCGGCCCCUCCUCGAUCACUUUAUCCACAACGUCUUGCGCAUCAUCUUUCCGGUCCUGGAGGCACACCACCGCGGACACAUUCGAGCCCAGGCCAUUCUGCAAGCCUUGGAAACAAACAAGUGUUACCUUCACUGCUGCCUUAGCGUUGCCGCCAUUCACCUCAAGACCACCGAAGGAAUUGUUGGUGAGCAGAUCGACCAUGAUAUUAUGCGCAAUCGCUUCGAGGCCGUUUCGCAACUCUGUCUGGCACUCGGAGAAGACACUAACCACGAGGAGAUCCUGGAUGCGACUCUCGCCAUGAUCUUCUUCCACUGCUCCGUGGGGCCGGCUGACGACUACCUGCCCGAUAUCCCGUGGUUUGAGCACUUCCAAGCGGCCUCCAACUUGGUGCACCGGCUCGGUCUUCCAACGGCGAUUCCCGCCUGUGGGAACCCGUACAUGCUACCCCCAUUUACCAUGACCCUGGCUUCGUGGAUUGACAUUCUAGGUUCGACCAUGCACGGCAAGACGCCCGAGUUCGCCCACACCUACCGCGCCAAACAUCUGAGCGGUUCAUCUCUGGGGCUCCGCGAGCUCAUGGGAUGCGAUGACCGCAUCAUGUACCUGAUUUCCGAGAUAACCUGCCUGGACGCGCUGAAGAGGGACGCUAGGAUUGAUGAGAUGGGUGUUUGUUCUCAUGUCUCGGCUCUGGGACAACAAUUGGAGUUCACUGAACCAGUGAAUCAGACGCUCGAAAGCCCUAUCCUGCCAAACGGAGCCUUUUCGCCCGAGAUCCUGACCAAAAACAUCACGGCUGCUUUCCGCAUCGCAGCAAGAAUCUACCUGUGCAGUCUGGUUCCUGGAUUCGACCGGAACCAACCGAGCACCGUUAACCUGGUGGCAGCCGUCGUCAAUGUUCUUCAGUACAUCCCGUCCGGCCCCGAAGGCUUCGAUCGCUCGCUUGUCUGGCCUCUUCUGAUCGCUGGAUCGUACUCUGUACCACAAAGCCAUUUCCGGACCGUUCUCGCCGAUCGCGCCGCUGCCCUCGGAGAGCACGCCCAGCUGGGUAGUUUUGGCCGCAUGUACCGAGUCCUGCAGGAGGUGUGGCGGCGCCCGUCUUCGUCGUCAUCGUCAUCGUCAUCAUCCCUCGAUAGCCCCGUGAAGCGGGAGGAGUCCCAAUCUCCCAAGGAAAGCGUCGAGGAAUGGAGUACGAAAGAGAUCAAGAAGCCAUUCCUACACUGGCGCGAAAUCAUGCAGCAAAACGGCUGGGACUACCUUCUUCUUUGA